AUGGAGAAGUUUCAGGUUCCAACAAUGGCAGACUUGUUGUUGUCGUCUAUUGCUACUUUUCACAUGACGAAGAUAAUAGUUUCUGAUCCAUCGAAGUUUAUGUUCAUUGGUUCGGGUCCGGAAUCCAUGUACAUAUGUGUUUCUAGUGAAAUCAAAUUGAUGAAUGAGUACAAGAGGCUACCUCCUACCGGACCAAGGCAACUUACACCCGAAAUGCAAAGCUCGCUGGAUGCAGCAAAUAAACCAGCCAAACUAGGAAAUAAGUUUGAAAGAAAAGGGGAAAAGGAAGGUCAAUCAUCGAAAGUUUCUACACCCAAGAAGCGAAAGUCUGAACAAGUCGCUCCUUUGGCUCCAAAGAAAUGCAAGACCAAGAAGAAGGCACACAAGUCGAAGGCUCCUUCUUCAAAUGAUUCUGACUACGUUCCAUCUGACCAACAACCCGAACCUAAGUCUAGUGAUGAAGAAGUUUCUCAACACGAGAGUCCGCUUCGAGGUAAUUUGCAUCCACCCUCACCUGCUCAUGAAGGUAACCGAAGCUCACCUCAUCCUUCUACUAUACAAUCCGUUCCGAUAACAAUUGCUCCAUGCCCUCCUCCCAUCUCAUCUUCAACUAAAACUUCCAUUCCAAUUUCCACCCCUUUAUUCACCGAACUAACAACAACCACUGCUACAACCGAACCUCAAGUUCGUGUCAACAUAUCUGAUACGGGGGCACCUACUUCAGGAACCGAACCCCCAAUUACCUCAAAACCUCAAUCCCCACCUCCAUCACCCCAAUCCGACAUUGUUCUUGGUGGAGCAGAAAUGGAGUUUGAUUCUGUUUAUUUUAGCCCAUAUCGAGUUCAAAGUGAUGAUGAUGAUGACGCCCCUGUCACGAAGAGGUAUUUAAAGGAUCUAAAUGAUAAGCUUGACCAAUUGCUUUCUUCUUCCUCUUCUACUCCAAGUGAGGCAUAUUCUGAAGUUGCAAUCAAGGCUCUGUUGGCAACCUUUGUCAUGGCGCAUGAUUCUUCCAUCACUAAUGCUGUCAACGUUGUCGAGGCUUCCACUUCCUCAUGCCAGAAAGCUUCAAUUGCAGUUGAAGCAUCCACCAACGACUGCAAGCAAGCGACUGAAAAAAAGAAUUCUCAAAUGGUGAAUGCUUCUGCUGAUAAUCUUACCAGUUCGCUUCAAGCUGAAAAGAAGCACUUUGAGGAGGCACGCCAAUCCAUCAAGAGUGACUACACUCAACUUCAAUCUUAUGUCCAUACACGUCUUGAUGAACUCCAGGCCGAUCUAGCCAUGGAAAACAAGUUCAUGGAUGAACUGGCUCUCGAAACCACCAAAGUCAAGACUCAAGCUUUGAAGCACACUCAGGCGCUAAAAAAGAAUGAUGAACUUAGGUCAGAGCGAGCUGUCAUCAAAAUCAGUGUUGGGGAUGUGCAUUCUAUUCUUUUAAAUCUUCUGGAAGCCCAUUACUCGGUCCUCACUAUCUCAGUUCGACACUACUUGGCUGAGAAGUUGCGUCCUGCUCUUGACAUUCUAAGCCGGAUUGAAGGUGUUCCAGAGACCGUUGUCCAUCCGAAAUAA